AUGGCAUCUGUAUUAUCUAGAAUAAUACGAUCUGUCAGAGCGUUUCUAGGAACCCUAUAUUUGGUCCUUGUAAUAUUGACCAUACCCCUAGCGUUUGACGUUGGAGGGGUCACUUGCGGAUUGGCUUUCUCCUUAACGACGUUCUUGUUAUACUUUCUGCUUAUGACCAUAAGACUUGUCACAAGAAGAAGCAAGUACUUCAGAUGGAUCUCCAUCCUCUACUAUUCACAACACUUUGUCAUUCCCAGUCUUUUGACGUUCUUUUUGUCAUAUUACAGAACAGAAAAUAAGGUCGUCUACAAGUACAUCAACCCUGUGGAUAUCUGGCGUUUCUUGUUGAUCAAUGCUACACCAGUCUUCACAAUCCUAGAAGGUUUCUGCUCGCUUUUGCUUAUCCAAGCCAUCGGACAAACCAUCAACUGGUUAACUAUCUACAAAUCAGACACUUGGUUGAUCAUCUCGCUUGUAGGAAGUGGCUCAACAAUCACAGCCGCCUUCUACUUCCUCUACAGAAUCUACGUAUUUCCCUUUACCAUCGACAUUGUCUCAGCAUCGCUCUUGGGUUCGUUGCUAACUCUUACGGUCGGAAUUGGUGGAUAUGGUAUCGUAUCUGGAAAAGGCUCCAUGAUUGAAUCGUCUCUCUUGUUUGCUUACGUAGUUCGUUGCAUCUACGAGACCUUCCCCAUACUUUCUGAAGGAGCUACAAGAACAUUGACGUCUCUAUUCACUCAAGCUACAAAUAACUUAAGAAACGAGAUUCCCAAAUUACCUCACCAGAUCAUCAACCCAAUCUCUCAGCUCAUCCCUUUCCUAGCUUCAAACCUUCCAGGUUCCUUUAAGACAAUCUGGGAAUUUCUCCUUAUGGCAAUCCAGAAGUUGACCUUGCCGUUGUUGUUGAACUUGGCCUAUAGAAUAGGUGUGUUUUACGCAGCUACCAAGAUUAUUCCAUUGCUCUAUCAAAACGCUGCUUACCCAAACACACCUCCCAGAACUCCUCCACAAGCCACGAGGUCUCGCCAAGCCUCUAACAAGUCGCUUUCAGAGUUAGCUUCUAGUAUACCGACAACAGAAGAUACGAAUCUUGAAGAGUCAAUCUCCUUUAAGGAGGUCACCAAACCAAUAACUCCUUUGAGAGACAGGAAGUCAUUCCGUCUCAAACCUCCCCAUCAUCAACCACCAUCGGCCAUUAUAAGCUUGAUCUACGCUUACUCGCCUUGUAUAGUCAUCGCAGUGUAUACCCACUUGAUGUUGCUGUACAGUGGAGAAUUAGGUACGGAGUUGAAAAUUUGGGGAUUCUUCUCAUCGUCGGCAGUGCUGAUCGUGGUUCAUCCAUGGCAAUUCUGGAACUGGGUCAAUAUGGCCACUACGAUCUUACUCUAUGCUGCCGAACUACUGGGAAACGAUAGUAGUUCAAACGGUGGCACUUCACUUACAAGUCAUUGGAAGGUUGAAUAG